AUGCCUUCAACACGGCCACAACGAAAACAAUCUGCUUCUCGUACUCAAGCAAAAAAGCAGAAAGAAUGUCAAACCAAAGAACAACUAAAUCAAAAUACUGUUCAAGACAAAACUCUUGCUCAAGCUUCAGAACGAUCCAUAUCGUCGAACGAUGCCAACUAUAAUCCAAAAGUGAAUAAAAAAGCUAAAGAGAAGUCACAAAAGAUGGCAACAAUUUUACAACAAGACAGCGACACACAUGAUGAUGAAGCAUUAUCCUCUCGUCUUGUUUCCUCUCGUUCAAAACAAAAAGAAACAACACAUACCAACUUUCAUCAAUACCAGGACGAUCAGGAAGAUGACUCUGGAUCUGACACUGCAGAACCUGGACAAUAUGAAAUCAUCCAUGAUGAUGCACUCCAAAACUAUGAAUCAGAUGUUCAGGAUGAAACACACGAAAUAAAUCCAGCACCUUCUCAACCAGCAACACAAACUCAGGUCCAACAUCAACAAAUCACGCAUGCUCCAACCAUGAUCCAUGAUAAUAAUAAUGGAUUAUAUGAUGACGAAGACAACGACACCAGUGUUCAGACAGAACCGGAUAUCACAGAUCCAUUCCAGUUUGACUUCACACAUUACCAGGUAGUAAGAAUUCUUCGUCCGCCUACGAUCUUCGUGAACAAUAACACAACACAACAAAAACAAUAA